AUGACAUCGAUAAAAAAAUUGUGCCCCAUCUUCCGCAAGCAUGACCACAACACCAUCGAAACACUGGAAAUCGAGUUUGAAAAAUUAGCGGUCGAUGCUUACAUGAUCGGCUCGGGCACGGUUUCAGCACUAAUCCCAGUCUAUUUAUCGGUUGAACAUGUUCAAAUUGCAGGGAAGCGAGAAGAGGUAAAAGCAGCAACGGCAGCAGCAAACGACAUUGCUAUUCCCGAAGCAGUCUGGUUUGAAAACAUUUUCAGUGUUGCACCUCAAGUUUAUGCUUUAUCCUACUCGAACGGUCCACCGGGUGACUUGAACUGCGACGAAGGAAAACAGUUCCUGGUUGACCUACCACAGACAAUUGCUCAACAAUCAAACCUCCAAGAAACAUUCGUUCAACAUGGCAUUGAUGCCGUUGCAGCCUUAACAACCUUGACACAUCUUCUGUCGAUCCAUAAUGAUGUGAACAGAACGUUAUCAUCAGAAUUUCACGACUACGACAAAAUAUGCUUGACAGAUUGCUGA